AAGAGCUGGUUCUGUUCACAAUUUCGGUACUCCCUCUAGCAUCAUGAAUGGCCUUACAUCAGCGUGCUUUGCGGGCUACGGGUUAUCCUACCUUCCGACCGAGUUGGCAGAGAGAUGCAAGUUACCGCUCCCCUUAGGUACGCCUUCUCUAGAGCCCCUCAGGAGAAAGUUGCUCCUCCCGCCUGCGCACUGGCGGGAGAUUUGCGCGCCUACGCGGAGAACCAGGGGAAGGUUGCGCGCCGGGCAGGAUAGCGCUGGCGCGCGGAGCUUGCACGGAAGUUAUCGCGGCGGUGGGGGGGAGGUUCGGGACGUGUGGACGCGGGAGGAUGGCGCAAGCGGUGGGGGGAGAGCAGGGGGAAGGAGAAUUGGCGGGGAAAGAAGAGAACGACGUCGUUUCUCGGAAGUUUCGACGCCAGAGAGAAGAGGUUUUAAGGGGGGGAGCGAAGGGCGGGGAGAGGGACGAGUGGAGAGGCAAGGGGACCGCUGUGGUGCGUCUGCUGCGCAUAGAGCAGGGGGGAGCAUACGCGGACAUUCUCUCUGGGGCAGCGGCGGGGGAGGGGGCAGGGGGGUGGGAGAUGGAGAUGCAGUACGUGCGGCGGACGCUGGGGUUUGGGGUUUUGCCCUUGGAGGGGCGCAGUAGGAGGCAGGUCACGGAGCUGGUUGCAGGUGUCACCCGGUGGAGGCGCUAUCUGGACUUUCUUCUCUCGGAGUUUUUCUCGGGCAGCCCGAGGGAGCUAGAGAGGAUGGAGCCACUUCUAAAGCAGAUUCUUCGGUUGGGUAUGUUUGAGCUCUCCAAGAUGGAUACACCACCCUUUGCUGCAGUCAACGAGGCAGUCAAGCUCGCUCGGGCAGCUCUCAGGCCCGGAGCCGCUUCAUUGGCCAAUGCCGUUCUGCGGGCAGCUGCCCGGGCAAAGGAGGAGCAGGGAGUGCUGCCGGUCCCAUCGCUGCAUGAGUCCAUGACAGACCGGGACAAGGCCAGAGCCCUCGCUACUCUGCACUCGCACCCCGUGUGGAUGGUGAGGCGGUGGGCUGACAGGCUGGGGUGGCGCGAGGCGGAGCGGCUCAUGGAGAGCAACAACGCCCGCCCUGUCUUUGCCUUGAGAGCGAACACUGCUAGAGGGGUGUUGCGGUCAGAUCUGCGUGCUUUGCUGCAGGAACUCCCUGAGGUGGAAAUCGAAGACUCCCCAUACCUGGACGAUUUCGUUCGGGUGCGCGCCGGCAUGCAGCAUGUGCUCUCAGCGGGGUUGAUAGAAGCGGGCACGUGCAAUGUGCAGGACGAGAGCGCAGGGCUGGUUGUGCGGGUGCUGGCACCCCAGCCGGGAGAGACGGUGGUGGACUGCUGUGCUGCUCCAGGGGGCAAGGCCAUGUAUGCCGCUGGGCUCAUGCACGGCGCAGGUCGGCUGGUGGCAGUGGACGUGAAUGAGGGCCGGGUGCGCAUGGUGGCACAGGCGGCAGAGAGGCAGGGACUGCAGCACAUGGUGCAGUGCGUCACUGCUGACCUGCGCACCUACGCUUCCUCGUCUCCCCUCCGUGGGUCGGCAGACCGAGUGCUUUUGGACGCGCCUUGCUCCGGCCUUGGGGUGCUCGCUAAGAGGGCGGAUCUGAGGUGGAGGAGGACAGUGGAGGGGGAGGAGCAGCUCACAGCCCUGCAGGAUGAGCUGUUGGACGCUGCUGCCAGCUUGGUGCGGCCGGGAGGUGUGUUGGUCUACUCCACGUGCUCCAUCGAGCCACCCGAGAAUGAGGACAGAGUUGUCGAGUUCCUGCAGACCCACCCUGAAUUUGUGCUGGAGUCAUUGGACUCGUCCGUUUUGCCAGAAUCGAUGUUAUCUCGCCUUCGAUGCUUUGCAUCUCUACCACAUCGCCACGGAAUUGAUGGAGCGUUUGCUGCUCGCUUGCGUAAACGAGAGGGGUGACAGGGGUUUAGUUUAUCCGAUUAGAGGGAUACUCGUUUGAGGGGGUUGAACCACUUUUAGAUGGUGUAUGUCAAUUCAUAUCAUGCUUACGUCAUUGUGACUUAUAUCGAACAAGACUCGGGCGGUAACGUCGUUGACCAAGAGGAGGUGGCCUGGCCAACCAAAAGCCGUCGAGCUCUGGGGAAGCUGUAGUACCGUCCAAUUGGCCCUUGGCGCUGUGAAGGUUGCUGGCUUUGGCCGUCCAUUUGGGACCAGAGUCUCUUUCGCAGUUGGUGGAUUCGGACGAU